UGGAUAGGAACGACAGCGUUCACACAGAAUACAUAAAUCUACUUUCAUCUUCAGUCUGUGUGAUCUCAGAGCUGCGGGUUUGAUCGGGAUAGUGUUAGCACACGCAUUCGUUGCGUACGACAGUCGUAUUUCUCCAGCUCUUCGUCUAAAUCUUCUCUGACCUCCUAUUUUGUCUUACAGAAGUCCCAGGCCGCUCAAAAUCACUCACCUCUCAAAAUGUUCACCUGCGCGAAGUUCGUCUCCACACCUGCCCUGGGGCAGCCCUCUGGAGUUGUCUUUAUCAAGGGCACAGUGGAGGUUAGCAGCCCAUUGUAAUAGACAGGUUGUUGGUAUUGGCCUUGUUGGUUAACACUUGACACAAUUAUGGUGGUGCGUGCGGGGUCCAGAUCCCUGUACAGGCCAGUUUCUGCUGCUGUGCUUUCCAGACCAGAGGUCAGCGCCUCUGUUCUGCCUCAGUCGGCCCUCACUCAGGUGGCCCUCAGGAGCUUCCAGACCAGUGCUGUGAGCCGCGACAUUGACACCGCUGCGAAGUUCAUUGGAGCGGGAGCUGCCACCGUGGGAGUGGCUGGAUCCGGUGCUGGAAUCGGAACAGUGUUCGGGAGUCUUAUCAUCGGAUAUGCCAGGAACCCAUCUCUAAAGCAACAGCUCUUCUCUUACGCCAUCCUGGGUUUUGCUCUGUCUGAAGCCAUGGGGCUCUUCUGUUUGAUGGUUGCUUUCUUGAUCCUGUUCGCCAUGUGAAAAUCUGCUAGUUACGUAAACGCAUUUAGUACAGUUGUGACUACAUAUUUUUGCUGUUGCUACCAAAACGUCUGCUGUCUGUCUCUGCAAGAGGAAAUGUAUGAAUAUAAAGUCCACUCUGUUUAAAGAAAUCAUGUAACAAUUAAAAAUUGUUCAACUAUUUAAACCCUCAAUCCUGUUCAUGCCCACUGAAUGAGAAAAGCAACAGCUCCAUCGGUGCUACUGGCAUAUCAAACUGAAACUCACCAUGGAAAUAAAGAACCUGAUAGCACUUUAUCUACAUCAGAAUAGGGGUAAUAUUGUGUCUGUAGACUGUAAGGGUUCGUUCAGAUGUUUUCAGGGGUUAAACUGCUGGUCAAUAGUAUGACUGUAAAUUUAUAGCAGUUGGUUGAAAGCCAAUUAAAACCUCAGUUGCUUUUGUAAAUUGCAUUAAAUAAAUUUAGAUCACAGUUUACCGUA